UAUCUCAGUGUUGCUCUAUGUCACAUACCUCUGCACACAUCAGCCCCUGUCUCUCAUGACUGGAAAACUCUCCUACUGCAUCAUCCACCACUGAGUGCAAACCACACACUGAGGACAAUGUUACCUUGUUCAAAUUUUGCGGCACUCCUCUGUCUCCUGCAAGUCCUCUGCACUGGUGCUGAUAUAGACAGCAGCAGCUUCAGUAUUUUCAACGAGGACCACAACAAGUGCAUAAAGGUGGAGAGUGCCUCCUCAGUAACGCUCGCCCCGUGCAAUCCUCGUGCCAAAGAACAGCAGUUUCGUUGGGCCUCAAAGUCGCGCCUCCUCAAUCUGUCCCUCAAGCUGUGCCUGGGCGCCACAGCGAUAUCAGACUGGGUGAAAGUCAUCCUCUUUGAAUGUGAUGAGAACAGUGACCUCCAGCAUUGGGAGUGCAAGAAUGACACCCUCUUUGGCCUAAAAGACCAGGGCCUGCACUUAAACUGGGGCAAUCGCAAUGAGAAGAACGUAAUGAUCUACAAAGGCUCAGGGGUCUGGAGUCGCUGGAGGAUAUUUGGCACAAGGCUUGAUCUUUGUUCAAAGGGGUUCCAAGAGAUUUUCACACUGGGAGGCAAUGCUUUCGGGAGCCCUUGUCAGUUCCCAUUUAAGUUCCAAGAGAAGUGGUAUGCUGAAUGCACCAAGGACGGUCGUCCAGACGGUCGACUGUGGUGUGCCACAGAGAAAAAUUACGAUACACAGAAGAAGUGGGGAUUUUGUCCAACCGCAGCAUCCCCCGGCUGGGACACUGACCCAGUAACAGGGGUUCAGUAUCAGAGGAACGCACAGUCAGUGUUGACCUGGCAUCAGGCCAGGAAGAGCUGCCAGCAGCAGGGAGCCGACCUCCUCAGCAUUGUAGAGCUACACGAGCAGUCAUACAUCUCAGGGUUGACAAAUCAUUUGGGAACAUCUCUGUGGAUUGGGCUGAACAGCUUGGAGUUUGAAAGUGGAUGGCAGUGGAGUAAUGGCAACCCGUUCAGAUAUUUAAACUGGGCCCCAGGUCACCCCUCAUCAGAGCCCGGCCUCAGCUGUGCCACGCUUAAUGCUGCAAAAGCCUCAAAAUGGGAGACUAGCGCCUGCAGCAAGAAGCUUGGCUACAUUUGUCGUAAAGGAAACUCUACCAGCCUUCCCGCGCCACAGAUCACCGGGCCAAGCUUCUGCCCCAGCCACUGGGUUCCCUAUGCAGGAAACUGUUACUACUUGGACCGGAAUAAAAAGAUGUGGAAGGACGCUUUGGCUGCGUGCCGUAAAGAGGGAGGGGAUUUAGCCAGCAUACACAACAUAGAGGAGCAGAGCUUCAUCUUAUCCCAAUCCGGAUACUUACCGACGGAUGUGCUCUGGAUCGGCUUGAAUGACCAGAGGAACCAGAUGCUGUUUGAAUGGUCUGAUCACUCCCACGUCACCUUCACUCAGUGGCAAAGUGAUGAGCCCUCACAUGCAAGUAACUUCCAGGAAGACUGUGUCCUCAUCCGAGGAAAGAAUGGGAGGUGGGCGGAUCACAUGUGUGAGAAGCCAUUAGGAUAUAUAUGUAAAAAGAAAGCCUCCACUAAGCUAGCUGAAGGCACCCAUGAGGAAACCAACCCAGGAUGCAAGCUUGGAUCCAUAAGAUUCGGCUCAUACUGUUAUAACGUUGGAGCUGAGGCUAAAACGUUUGAUGAGGCAAAGCGGACAUGCUCAGAGGCUGGUGGUAACCUGGUGGAUGUCAGUGAUAGAUAUGAGAAUGCUUUCCUGGUCAGUUUGGUGGGUUUGAGACCCGAGAAAUAUUUCUGGACGGGUUUGUCCAACACAGAAGACAAAAGCAAUUUCAAGUGGACGAGUAGAAGAAAGGUCACCUUCACUCAUUUCAACGUGGGCAUGCCAGAUAGAAAACAAGGGUGCGUUGCCAUGACAACUGGGACUUUUGCUGGAUUGUGGGAUGUUGUCACCUGCAGCAAUAAGGAGAAGUAUAUCUGCAAGAAGAAGGCAGAGGGAGUGCAAAUGACAACAGUCCCUCCCAGCACCCCGGCCCUGACCUGUGCGAGCGGGUGGACCCCGAUUCCCAAAAGGAACAUGUGCUACAAAGUUUACAGCAAAAAGGACUCGGUUAAAAAGACUUGGCAAGAAUCGCGUGAGUUCUGCCAGGCUAUCGGUGGAGACUUGAUAAGCAUACACAGUGGAGAUGACCUGGACAAUUUAGAGGUGUAUACCUCCAGCGCCAUGUGGAUAGGCCUCACCCUCCAGGGUGCCAACGAAGGUUAUGCCUGGAGUGAUGGGUCGCCCUUUGCCUAUGAGAACUGGGGCUACGGGGAACCAAACAACCACAACGACAACGAACACUGCGCAGAAGUCACUGUUAACUAUCGGAGGCGCUGGAAUGACCGGCACUGUGAGGCCUAUAACAACUGGAUUUGCCAGAUACGCAAAGGUGUGACUCCGAAACCAGAGCCGGCCAUAGUUGAAGAAGUAUACAACACCACAGAUGAUGGAUGGAUCAUAUACAAUGACACACAGUAUUUCGUCAACAAUAAUAACUUGGCUAUGGAAGCUGCCAGAGACUACUGCAAAAAAAACUUUGGUGAACUUGCCGUCAUCACUGGGGAGAGCGAGAGGAAGUUCCUUUGGAAACAGACAUUGAAAGGCUCAGAAGGACAGUACUACAUUGGCUUGACAGUGAAUUUGGACAAAUCAUUUAGUUGGGUGGAUGGCAGCCCCAUAACUUACACUGCGUGGGAACACAAUGAGCCCAACUUUGCAAACAAUGAUGAAAACUGUGUGACUAUGUACAAGAGCAUGGGAUACUGGAAUGACAUUAACUGUGGCAUGGAGCUACCCUCUAUCUGCAAAAGAAGCAGUAACUUCAUCAAUGCAACAAUGGCCCCGACAACGGUUCCUAAAGGAGGAUGUGCACCAGAGUGGGUAUCUUUCCAUGGAAAGUGCUAUAAAUUUGUCUCUGGGAGUGACAAAAUGAACUGGCAUGACGCUAGAUCAUACUGCAUAAACCAAGGAGGAAAUCUAGUCUCCAUCACCAACGACAGAGAGCAAGCAUUCAUAACAACCCAGAUGCUGUACCACAAAGAAGAUUUGUGGAUUGGCAUGAAUGAUGUCAACUGGGAGAUGCACUUUGUGUGGACAGACGGCAAAGCCAUUACAUACACCAACUGGGCCAAAGGGCACCCAAUGUCGUUGCCUGAUGGACGCUAUUUUAUUGAAGAGGUUUUUGACUGUGUGAUCAUAUCUGGCAGCGUUGCCAAAACCUCAGGAUACUGGAAGGUGGAAGACUGUCAGACGAAAUAUGGCUUCAUCUGUAAAAGAAACGUUGACUCACAGAUUGUAGUCCAACCCACCACCGUGUCACCAAAAGUCUUCCACAAGCUCGGCAAUGACUCCUACAAACUGGUGGCCCAGAAGAUGAAAUGGGAUGAGGCUCGGCGGCAGUGCCAAGCAGAUGAUGCCGAUCUGGCCAGUAUCCUGAACACUAUAACCCAGGCAUACAUCAUGCUGCAGAUUUCCAAGCACAAUGAGCCAGUGUGGAUUGGCCUCAACAGCAAUGUGACAGAUGGUCGCUACAAGUGGGUUGAUAACUGGCUUCUGUCAUUUACCAAAUGGGGUAAAAAUGAGCCUAAAAACAACUAUGGCUGUGUGUAUAUAGAUGUGGAUAAAACGUGGAAGACUGCGCCAUGUACCAAUACCUAUUAUUCCAUUUGCAAAAGGUCAUCAGACAUAGCUCCCACUGAGCCUCCACAGCAUCCUGGCAACUGUCCAGAAUCAAAAAGGCUAAGAACCUGGAUUCCUUUCAGAGGCCAUUGUUAUUCCUUCCUCAGCUCAAUGCAGGACAACUGGGCCCAUGCCUCAGUUGAAUGUAUGAAAAUGGGUGCUUCUCUAGCGAGUAUUCAGGACCCUGUUGAGGGUCGGUUCAUACAACAGAACCUCGAGCUUCUGCAGGAUGGUGCAAAAGACUUCUGGAUUGGCUUGUAUAAGACCCAUGAUGGUGAGUGGAUGUGGAUCGACAACAGCGUUAUGGACUAUACCAACUGGAAAUCGGGUAUGCCAAAGUCAUACACAUGUGUGGAUGUCAACUCUGAGAGUGGACUGUGGAGUUCAGGCAGCUGCACCAGAUAUAAGUCUUACAUCUGCAAAACACCAAAAGUUAUUCCUCCUACAGAGAAGCUUCCAUCUGCUGCCCAAGUCGUGACGGAAGCUGCACAUGGCUCUGCUGGCAUCCCCGUGUCUAUAGUACUGAUUGUAAUUGCCAUAGUUGGACUCGGCGCCUUCUUCGUCUUCCGUAAAAAGAUACCCACCCCUGUCCUGGGAGAAAGCACCUUCGACAACAAGUUAUACUUCAACAAUCCAAUCCGAGCCCCAGUAGACACCAAGGGCCUAGUGGCCAACAUAGAGCAGAACGAGCAAGCGUAGAAGGACGUGCGACGAGUGGAUCUAUGAAAAGCACACCAUCAGAGAGCUUGAUCGCAGACUUUCUUUUGGAGAGUUUUUGUUUUUCAGUUUCAGAACUUUAUCAAAAACAUUGACUAUCAUAAUUAUUAUAUAAUAAUUCAUGCAAGCACUAGAACAAGUGAAUAAGAGAGAAUAUUAAUGAACAAUCAUCAUGAUUCGAUUUGUGAAAUGUUUACAGAUUAUUUUUUUAAUCUUUUAUGAAACAUCAUAACCAAGAACACUUAUUUGUUAAAUAUCAGAAAGUUGUUUUUUUUUUUUUUUUUACUUGGACUGUCCGUCACCUUGUUUCAGGCUGAUGAUUUUGUAAAUAAAUGCCCAAUAAAUGAAGAUACAACUGGAAA